AUGUCACGUCGCCCAGGUGGUAUUAGCUAUUCAGAGCUAGAUCAGGGUAAUUUUUCUGAUGAUUCGUUUGAUGAUGAAGAUGAGCAAGUGCAACGCAGAAAUAACAAAAAUGAUGAUGACGACUACAGUUAUGGGUCUAAUAGGCGGAAAGGGACCAAGAAAGCUAAUGGAAAUGCUGGGAAUGGGAAUGCUAGUCGUAAGAGAAAAGCUGCGGUAGAGGUAAUAAGGGCCCAGGUUCCCAGCGCUGAUUAUUCAGAUGAGGAGUUGGUGGAUCUUACACCAGAUAUCCCAGCAGAUUACGUCCCCGAUGCUGUGUCGAAAGCCUUUGGUAAGUCAGAUUUUUCAUACUUAAAAUUGAAGCCAGAUCAUUUUUCAAGACCCAUAUGGAUAUCUCCUAUAGAUGCCAGAAUUAUUUUAGAAUCAUUUUCGCCACUAGCUGAACAGGCACAAGACUUUUUGAUUACUAUUGCAGAACCAAUCUCAAGACCCUCGCAUAUUCAUGAGUAUAGGAUUACUGCUUAUUCGUUAUAUGCUGCAGUCUCUGUAGGACUUGAGACAGACGACAUCAUUCUGGUAUUGAACAGAUUAUCAAAGGUACCGGUUGCCGAAUCUAUCAUUGCCUUUAUUAGGGGUGCGACUGUAUCUUACGGGAAAGUCAAGUUAGUUUUAAAGCACAAUCGUUAUUACGUCGAAAGUACUCAGGCUGAUAUUUUACAAAUGCUUUUGAAAGAUCCGGUCAUUGGUCAGUUGCGUAUUCAGUCUACUGAAAAUACAGUAACCAGUAAUGGCCUUGUACAAUCAUCGGCGCCAACUCAAGGGGACUUGUCUAUACCGGGAACAAAGAAACCUGGUUCUAACGACGAGAAAAAAGAUAAUGAAGUAGAAGAUAUCUUUGCAUCAGUAGUGGGGAAUAAAGCUAAUGGAGAAGAAGAUGAUUACGAUGACUUAGAAACAGUGCAUUCGUUUGAGAUUGCAAAUGAGUCUGUGGAAAUUGUCAAGAGAAGAUGUCAGGAAAUAGAAUAUCCAGUUUUGGAAGAAUAUGAUUUCCGUAAUGACGAUCGUAAUCCUGACUUAGAUAUUGACUUAAAGCCAUCAACUCAGAUUAGACCAUAUCAAGAAAAAUCAUUAUCAAAGAUGUUUGGAAAUGGACGUGCUAGAUCGGGAAUUAUUGUCUUACCAUGUGGUGCUGGAAAGACCUUAGUUGGUAUCACAGCUGCAUGUACUAUUAGAAAAUCUGUGAUUGUAUUGUGUACGUCAUCUGUCUCAGUAAUGCAAUGGAGACAACAAUUCUUACAGUGGUGUACAAUACAGCCAGAAAAUGUUGCAGUAUUCACUUCUGAAAAUAAAGAAAUGUUUACCAGUGAUGCAGGUUUGGUUGUAUCUACCUAUUCGAUGGUUGCCAACACUCGUAAUAGGUCUCAUGAUUCCCAGAAGGUUAUGGACUUUUUGACUUCGAGGGAAUGGGGUUUUAUUAUAUUGGAUGAAGUACAUGUUGUACCAGCUGCAAUGUUUAGACGUGUGGUUACUACAAUUGCUGCUCAUGCUAAAUUGGGUCUCACUGCUACAUUAGUCCGUGAAGAUGAUAAAAUUGAUGAUUUGAAUUUCUUGAUUGGCCCCAAAUUAUACGAAGCGAACUGGAUGGAUUUGGCUCAAAAGGGUCACAUUGCAAAUGUUCAAUGUGCUGAAGUUUGGUGUCCUAUGACUUCUGAAUUUUAUCAAGAGUAUUUAAGAGAAACGGCAAGGAAGAGAAUGCUCUUAUAUAUUAUGAAUCCUACAAAAUUUCAGGCAUGCCAAUUUUUGAUUCAUUAUCAUGAGAAAAGAGGUGAUAAAAUCAUUGUCUUUAGUGAUAAUGUUUAUGCAUUGCAAGGAUACGCAUUAAAGUUGGGCAAACCAUUUAUUUAUGGGUCAACAUCUCAGCAGGAGCGUAUGAAAAUUUUACAAAAUUUUCAACAUAAUGACCAAGUUAAUACAAUAUUUUUAUCCAAAGUUGGUGAUACUUCUAUAGAUUUACCUGAGGCUACUUGCUUAAUUCAAAUAUCAUCGCAUUACGGGUCUAGAAGACAAGAGGCUCAAAGAUUGGGACGUAUUUUACGUGCAAAGAGACGUAAUGAUGAAGGUUUCAAUGCGUUCUUCUAUUCGUUAGUCUCAAAAGACACACAAGAAAUGUAUUACUCAACUAAAAGGCAAGCAUUUUUGGUAGAUCAAGGGUAUGCCUUUAAAGUCAUUACACAUUUAAGUGGAAUGGAACAGUUACCAGACUUAGCCUAUUCAUCAGCAAGAGAAAGAAGAGAACUUCUUCAGGAAGUUCUAUUAAAGAAUGAAGAUGCCGCAGGUUUAGAAAUAGGUGAUGAUGCUGACACUAAUUUCAUACCAAGAGAGCAGCGUGAGAAGAGAGCAAAACUAGAAAGUAAUGGCAGUUCUGCGACUAGAACAGCAGGUUCUUUAGCGGGCUUAGCUGGUGGUGAAGAUAUGGCAUAUAUUGAGUAUAAUAAGAAUAAGAAUAAAGAGAUAAAAGAGCACCACCCUUUGAUUCAGAAGAUGUACUAUAAUAAGAACCAAAAAAAAUAG